AUAAAAACCGAAUCCGGGUUUGGAAAAUUCAUCAUUCCCAUUCGUCUCAUCUAGCACUAUCGUAGACCUCGAAUCGCAAUGGCUUUCUUCUUCGCUGCCGUCCUCGCCUGCCUUCAGCUGGCCGCCGGAAACCCGUUCCCGCACUACCACGGCCACGCCGGAGCCGGGGGUCUCUCGCCCCGCGGAGGGAUGUCCUGCCCGCGGGCGCCCCUGCCGGAGAUCACGCCGACGGUGCUCCAGUCGGUGCUCCCGAGUCCGGUGACGUUCGGCUCGCAGUCGCCGGCCGUGCUCGAGCACGUGGCCGCCCCGCAGGAGCUCAACUACUUCGAGAAGCCCUACAUCCUCAAGCACCGCAAGGGCGCCGCCCUCAACGUCUUCACCCAGACCCCGGUCGUCGUCGACGAGUACGCCACCCCCGUCUUCAACGAGUUCCCCGGUGCACCCGCCGUCGUCGUUGAGGAGGUCGCCGCCCCCGCCUACGAUUCCGCCUCCGCCGCCUCCGCUGCCUCCGCCUACGCUGCUGCUUCCACCUCUGCUGCUGCCGCCGCCUCCGCUGGAGCCUCCGAGUACGGAGUCUGGGGUGAAUAUCCUGCUGGACCCGGUUCCUGCUCUGCCUCUGGUUCCUGCUCCUGUGGAAGGUGCCGAUAAGAAGUGAACCUCAACCCACGGUUCAUCGAGUCGAUUUCCAAAUAAAAUAGAUUGACGCAAUUA